AUGGCGGCGCCCGCCCGGCUGUGCCGCUGCCUCCUCCCGCUGCUGCUGCUGGCUAUGGGAGCGGGAGCGGCCGGGACCCCCGGCACCCCGGGCUGUGGCUGCAGCGCCAGCCGGGCCGCCGGGGACGGGCGAGAGGAGGCGGCGCGGCGCUACUCGGCGGCAGCGGCGGUGGGCAGCGGGCGGAGCGGCGGGCAGGGGCCGAUGGUGCUGAUCCCAGCUGGGGUGUUCACCAUGGGCACCCAGGAGCCCCAGAUCCAGCAGGAUGGAGAGGGCCCAGCCCGCAGGGUGCACCUUGGCAGCUUCUACAUGGACCAGUACGAGGUCAGCAACCGGGACUUCGAGAGCUUUGUCAACGCCACGGGCUACGUCACUGAGGCAGAGAAGUUUGGUGACUCCUUUGUGUUUGAGGGGAUGCUGAGUGAGGCAGUGAAGGCUGACAUCCACCAAGCAGUGGCAGCUGCUCCCUGGUGGUUGCCUGUGAAAGGAGCCAGCUGGAGGCACCCAGAGGGCCCCGACUCCAGCAUCUCCAGCAGAAUGGACCACCCAGUGCUCCACGUGUCCUGGAAUGAUGCCCUGGCCUUCUGCAGGUGGGCAGGGAAGCGGCUGCCCACCGAGGCCGAGUGGGAGUACGGCUGCCGAGGGGGGCUGGAGAGCAGGCUUUUCCCGUGGGGCAACAAACUGCAGCCCAAAGGGCAGCACUAUGCCAACAUCUGGCAGGGAGAAUUCCCCACCAACAACACGGCAGAGGAUGGCUACAAGGGGACUGCACCUGUCUCUGCCUUUCCCCCCAAUGGGUACGGCCUCUACAACAUGGUGGGCAACGCCUGGGAGUGGACAUGGGACUGGUGGGCUGUGCACCACUCCCCCCAGGACCUCCACAACCCUCAAGGGCCGCCCUCGGGCACGGACAGAGUGAAGAAAGGUGGAUCCUACAUGUGCCAUAAGUCCUACUGCUACAGGUACCGCUGUGCAGCCCGGAGCCAGAACACGCCCGACAGCUCCGCGUCCAACCUGGGCUUCCGCUGCGCCGCCAGCAGCGCCCCGGGGCCGCGCUGA